AUGGCAAACCAGAACGAUGGUGAGCACAUAAUUGAGAUUGGAGAUCAGAGACCAUCAAUUCCUACUAUUCAAACUCCUUCAUCUUCUCCAUCACAUAGUAAUCCAUUCGAGUCUGGAUUAUGGAUUUCUUUGCAGUUUAUUCUAAGUGUUAUCCAGAUUGUUGCAUCCAUUGUGGUUUUGUCGCUGUCCAAACUAAAUGGAGAUCCAGACUACAAACUCUUUUCAUGGGUUGUGGGCUAUGCUUGUGGCUGUGUUCUCAUGCUUCCUCUUCUCUACUGCAGAUAUAUUGUCAGAGGAACCGUGAAUUUACAGCUGUAUGGAAUAGUGGAAGUGUUGAAGAUGUCCUUGAGCUGCUACUUUGCAGUGUGGUUCGUCCUGGGCAAUGUAUGGGUUUUUGGAUCUUCAUCUACUGGCAAGGAUGAUACCAAAUUGGAAACGUUAUGCCUAGUGUUCCUGGCGUCCGGCUGCAUUAUGUAUGCGAUGCCAGUCGUGAGAUGUGCUGCCUUCUGUCUGUUGUUGCCUUUUUUGAUUUUGCCAACACUGGCCUCUCCACAAGAACAAGCUAGAGAAGCCAACCCAGAUUAUUCCUUUAAUGCACUGCCAACCUACAAUUUUAAGUUAAAGGAAAAUGGAACAGGUGAAAGUGGAGUCUUAGCUGCAGGGACAGAUAAGGAGCGUGCCAUAUCCGGAGAAGAUGCAGUUUGCUGCAUUUGCUUGGGAAAAUAUGCAGACAAUGAUGAGGUGCGGGAGCUUCCAUGCAGCCAUUUCUUCCAUGUGGAGUGCGUGGAUAAAUGGCUGAAGAUUAACCCUCGGUGUCCUCUCUGUCAAUCUGAGCUUGGAGGGGCUGGUGGGGCUUCAACAUUGGUCACUCACUCCAGUCAGGACCAAAGCGAGAGGAUGACAGAUACUGCGUCUUAA